AUGAAAUAUAAUCUAUACUUUACUCAAUUAAUUUUUAUUUUACCAACUAUAAUUAUUAUUUUCAAUAAAAUUUAUAUCAUAUUUGGCAAUGAAUCAGAAUCAAUGACAUCUGGUUUAUUUAACACUAAUCAUCAAGUCAAUAAUAAUAGAAGUUUAUCAUCGUCACAGUAUCCCAGAUCUGAAUUUGAAAAGAUGUCUUCUAAUGAUAAUUUUAUAAAUUUUCGUCAAUCUCAACAAUCAUUGAAAGUGAAUACUAUAAAUAAUAAAUUAACUAAUUGUCAGCUACAAUUAGAAUGUUCCACCGAAAUGGAAAAUAUUGAUAAUAAACAAAUGUCAAUAAUGAAUUUUUCAACUACUCAUAUUACUGGUCGUAUACGUAUACCUGUUCGUAGUGGAAGAGGACCAGCUGGACCACCUGGUCCACAGGGACCUCCAGGACCACAGGGUGCAAGAGGAUUCCGAGGACCACCUGGUGAACCAGGUAGUUUGCAAGAUAUCAACUUAACUAAAUUACAGCUGAGUAGAUUGAAUAAUCAGCUACAAACAAUACAGAAUAGAAUAGCUUUUUUUGCUGGUCUCGAAUUUAAUGUCGUUGAAAAACCAUUAGACGAAAAUCCUAAAUUGAUAAUGAACAAAGUUAUCACGAAUUUAGGCAAUGCAUACAAUCCAAUAACCGGGGAAUUUAUUGCACCAGUAAAUGGUAUUUAUAUUUUAUUUCUAGCCAUUUCAGCUCAAGGGAAAUCAAGAGCGGUUGUACGUUUAAUGCACAACGAUAAGCAAAUAUUUGAUGUUUGGUCUGAAAGCUCUCCAUGGGCAACAGCUACAAAUCAAGGGAUUCUACAAAUGUAUAAAGGUGAUCGUGCAUGGUUGGCCAUACGUGAUGGAGCUUAUUUUCUACACGGUUAUAUGUAUUCAACAUUCUCUGGGUAUUUAUUAUUUGAUAUAAAUAAUAAUGAAACAAUUGACAUCCCAUAA